AUUUCCAUAGAACUAUAAAGUGCCACACUCAACUGUUUAAAAAACGUUUAAAUGCUCUGGACGGAUUUUCAGUAUCAAACGAGUUAAAUUAUUGUUUACGUGAUAUGUUUUCUGUAAAAUAUGCUUAAACUAUUGGAUUGUAAUAAUUCGUUCAAUGACGCAAGUGCGGUUUAAUAAAUAAACUGGUUUGAAAUGGCUAAUGUAGAGUGCGUGUAUUUCAACAUGUUCCCGUUUGUCAAUAAAGUAUAAAUAUACCGCCGUUACGUUAUAUUGUUAAGUUGCGACAAAAUUGUAAGUUUAGGAUUUUGUAACACAAACGUUCAUGAUGGAAAAAGCCGGCGUUGACAACAUACCGAGCGAAAAGUCGAGAUAUUGGGAACAAUCUCCACCUCAGCAGCUGCAGCAGCCGCAACCACCGGCCUACACUCAGCAGCACGUUUAUUACGGACAGCCACAAGGCUACCAGCAACAAGCUGGCCACGUUCAACAGGGCUAUGGCGGCGCACAAGGGCAUGUCGUGGUUUUAGCCCAGCCACAGCCGUCGUCGGUACCGGUAGGGCAGCGACCUACAGACUUUAUGGUGCCUUCGAUAAUUGCUUGUUUGUGUUGCUUCUGGCCAACUGGGGCCGCCGCUAUCUAUUUUGCAAUGCAGUCAAAGAAUGCGCUUAAUAGUGGUGAUAUCACGAACGCCAAGCGGUAUUCGGUGACUGCCCGGAACCUUAUGAUCAGCAGUAUUGUGAUUGGAGUGAUCUGGAUCGCCGCAGUCAUCGCGGUGUACGCAUACAAUUUAUCCAGAGUAACCACCAGGCAUUGUACCUAUGGAAACUGCUAAGAUGACUUCUCCGAGAUGUGUUGGGGAGAAGAUAGUGAAUAGUUUCGAUUAUAGUUUUCAUAGUGCUAUUACUGUUUUAUAAUAUGUCUGGAUUUUGGAACUGCACGUUACAAUUUACUUUAAAAUUUGAUCGGGUGUGUAUGCAUAAACAGAUUGUGUUUAAUAACGAUUGACGAAAUAAUGCAUAGUAUUUUCCUGCGAUGUUUGUUUAUUUUAGUUUAUAUUGCAUGUCGUGUUGAAAAAUAUUUAAGACAUACUUUUUAUUGGGUUUUGAAGAGUUUAACUGUAAAUUUUUUAUAACACGAGAACUUUAUUUCAUGUAUUUGUAUUUAAAAACCCGAUAAAAGCUUAUGUCUAACUUACAAUAUCUCAAUGUCGUCGUAUUUUGAGCACAAUACAAGUUUACAAUUUUUACAAUAGAUGUAAUUGCAUGUUUCCAUUUCGUUUGAUUAAUUUCCAUACAGCUAAAUAUGAAUAUACAUAACACAUGUAUGUCUGGAUUUUUACAACCAUAAUUGCGACUAAUUCGAGAAAUCUUGAUUCGAUGAUCUUAACAUUAAAAUAUUUCAUACUUUGUCUCUAAAUAUAUAUUGUCUAUGACGAUGUGUUAUGACGACUUUUUGUUUCAUCCAAACGUGCCGCCUAAGCUUGUGUUCUCUAUGAUUUGCACGAAAUCCUUUUGUAAAUAUUAUUAGUGGUAGUAAUGUUAUUGAAAUGUUUCCUUUUUUAUAGCAAUUUUAUUUAUAUUUUUGCUAUUUUUAUUUUUUUUUACAUUCUAAUGAGGUGUGAUUAUCUCAGGGCUAAGAAAGGGUGAAUGGAACUACACAAACGGUGUAACUCCCACCUCCCAACUCGCACAGACCAAUCCAGUGCAGUGAACACAGUACCUGUUUUGUGCAUUAUCAGGCCAUAUUGGCAAUUUGAGAUUUGCAAUAAAUGAAGAUCUUUGUGCUAAACAAAUGGUGCAGCUGAGGUUUCACUUUUUUGUAUUUAGAAAACAAUACAUAAUACAAUUGCGAGCGUGUAAAAUUUUAAAACAUGAAAUUAUUCGUCUCAAGUGAAAAAUCUAGCUUUUCUAUUUUUGAUGCCUUUUUACAGUGUCGAAAUGUUAUUAAUGCUAGGAGCGUAGCUUUGGUUUACCUCGUUUUUGAAAAUACAACAUUAUAAAAUGUUGCUGUCUCACCCAGCCUUGAUAAUAUACAAAUAAAUGAUGAUUUUUCAUCAUAAUGUGUACAUAGUAUUUCGUCAUAACACUUUAUACAUGCGUUUAUUAUAUACAUGUGCUGGAAUAUUGUUUUCUAUUUUUUAUAUUUGCGAGAAACUUUACAUGUUGAUCAUUUUGUAAAAUACUAGAAUUUCAAUUAAAACAAUAUUUGUAGCAAAAUAUUAUAUACUAGCUUUAAUUUCGUAGUAUAAUAUUAAAACCUUUCAGACACCUGCAUAUAAAAGCUAAUGACAUUUAGUUUAUACUGUUCUGAUUGCUCAAUGUAUGUCAUUGAAUUUUAUUACAUACACAAGUUUAGAUAAUUUGCAUAUGUACCAUCAAUACAAUUGGAUAUAAUUUAUUUUUUCUUCUUUUAUCUCAGAGUGAAUGUCAUGAUUCUUUUAUAAUAUAUGUUUUUUCACGUUUAUUAUAUAUGUAUUUUUAUGUUUGUAAUAAACUGUUGAAAUAGAUACAAAACCAUUUUGACAAUUUAUUCCACCUGUAUGUACGAUUUAUUGCAUGGAACUAUUGCUUUUUUUUUAAAAUUGUUAACUGAGCAAAAUAGAAAAAGUUGGAUCUUAUAUUAAAUUUGCGCACAAUGUAAAUU